ACUCCGAGAUGCACGACGCGGCCGGCGGCACGACGACGCUGUCACAGCAGCACGACGCGGCCGCCAUGGCAGCGAGAGAGAGAGAGAGAGAGAGAGAGAGAGAGAGAGAGAGAGAGAGAGAGAGAGAGAGAGAGAGAGAGAGAGAGAGAGAGAGAGAGAAGGGGAGAGAGAGAGAGAGAGAGAGAGAGAGAGAGAGAGAGGGAGAGAGAGAAAGGGAGAGAGAGAGAGAGAGAGAGAGAGAGAGAGAGAGAGAGAGAGAGGAGUGCACGGCGAAAGCGAGAGAAGAAGGUCCAAAAUGGUUGAACCUGCUCUGAUACCAUGUUAAGAUAGCUAGGUA